CAUUACAGUCCUGGCUGCCAACCUGGAGUGAACUUCCCGGUGUCCUAUCCUGUGGUCUCAUCUAUCACCUGUCACAGCCAGCUACCUCGUUGCUCUUUAGAGCACUUAACCCUUAUUGCGUUUCCCGGACUACCGGCUAAUUUAAGGGCAAGGCUGAAGCGACGCUGACUAUGAAUCACAGCUACAGCAAAUUUAGCAUGUUCUUCUAAUGAGGGGCUGCUGGGAACGUCUGAUGCAUCUGCCAACUGACUUAACCGAGAUGGGUGUACUACUGUCCAGAGGAAGCUCCAGAGAGCCCGUCAACACAUCCGAAACAGUGAGCAGCAUCUGUGACGGAGAGGUCCGCGGCACAGACAGCGACCGCUCCUCCAUCUUGCCCAUUCAGAACAAAGAGCGGGUGCUGGUUCCUGCUUUUCCGGUGAGUGCCUAUGUGGAGAGAGGCUACAUCACCCCGCAGCAAGUGUACAACCUGCUGAGCGCAGAGGAGGGCCAGCCUGCCCUCUAUGACUCGUACUACAUCCUCGUCCUCGACUGUCGCAGCACGGAGAGGUACGAGGACAGCCACGUGGUGACAGCGCGGGCGGCCGUGACGGUGAUCCACCCUGUGCUGGGCUGUCUGGUGAGCUGUGUGGAACUGCAGAAGUACUCUACAAUACUGCUGUAUGCGGAGGAAGGAUGCAGCCCAGUGGGCAGUGCGAAGGCCCGGACAGACUCCCCAGACCUCCUGCACUGUUUCUUCCAGCUCAGCAGUUUGGGAAUGGAUCCCGUCAUCCUGCUGGGGGGGUUUUCUGCCUUCCACGCCCUCUACCCUUUCCUCUGCACACCGCUCAUGGUCCUGCUGGAGCCCGAGCGGCACACUCUCACCAUCUACCCCUCGGAGAUCCUGGAAGAAGCUCUCUACCAGGGCUCCGCCUCCCAGGCCUCUGACUACCGCAUCAUCAAGAACCUACACAUCACGCACGUGGUCAACGCCACCGCCAACUGGCCCGACGCUUUCCCCAACAGGCUGCGCUACCUGAGGCUGCGUCUGAGCGACGACGCCCAGCAGGAGCUGGUGGAGGCCCUGCCGCUGGCCUCCAGGUUCAUCAGCUCGGCCCUGAGGGCCGAGCCCGCCGGCCGCGUUCUGGUCCACUGCAGCGCGGGCAGGAGUCGCAGCUCGGCCGUGACGCUGGCCUUCCUCAUGGAGCACCGACGCUGGUCGCUGCUGCACGCCCUGCGCUGGUUGAAGGAGAGGAGGGCGUGCUCGGCGCCGAACAUGAACUUCCUGCGUCAGCUGCUGACCUACGAGGAGCUGCUGUUUGGGAGCAAAAUCACCUCCCUGAAUGACAUCCGCAGAUGACCGGAGCGAUGAGGGGGGGGUGGAGAGGAGGACACGACCCUGGACCAGUGGUGGAGUCAGAGCUUAGACCUGGAAGGAUGUAGAUGGGCCUGAGUUUAGGAAUAAAAAGGAAAAGGAAAAGACAGACAGUCUGGUAGGGAAUUUCAGUAAAGCUAGUUCUCAUGUUAGAAAUACCACAGGCACAUUUAUCUUAUUGCUGUUCUAUUAGGCAGUGGUGUUAGUCUUACCUAUCAUGCACUUAAGUCACUGUAAUUUACCAUUGCCAUUUGAAUUAUUCUACUGAAUUUGUUUGACUCUUAUGGUUAUUCUAUUCUACACUAUUGUUAAUAUUAUGCUUUAUACUCCCUAUAUUUACAGAUCUUUUCUUACGAUAUUGUGAUGUGGGAGCAAUCCCUGGCACAAGAAGUUCCGUCGGUAUAGUUAAAGUUCUCUUAUCUUGUAUCAAUGUGCUGACUCAGAUGAAUCUCUAUCUCCUCUAAACAUAAAAUUGAAAACAGCAAACAAACAAUAUUUAGGGCUAUACUGAACCGUUUCUUAAACGUCUAUCUGCGCAGUUGCAGCUUCACUAAGAUCAAUGGUAUCAUUCUAUUUGUAGGACGGGAUUACCGGGGUGGCUGAAUACGAAUUUUGACAACUCAGCGUAACAUGACCCCAGUUGUGACAUCUUGCUUCAUGAUAGUUGACAGAACGUAGAUAUUAAUAAAGUGCCAAUAAAGUGUUUUACAUCAGAA